GGGCUGGCAAGGAUACCUGGCUUACGGCUGCCAGUGUACGGUGGUGGUGGUUGAUCCCCACACACUACAGGUGGUACAGGCCCUCAAUGGCCACACAUCACACGUCACUAAGGUGUGUUGGCGGAACACGGAGCACUACCACCAGCUCAGUGCCUCGUACACUCUCCUCCUUGCAUCUGCAGAUGCUGCAGGCCAGGUUCGGAUAUGGGAUGUGACAGCUGGCAAUGGGUCAGUGCUGGCAGCUCCUGCUGGGUCUGGCAGGAGUGCAGUGGCUGAGCUGUGCUGGCUGACAGGAAGUUGUGAGGGCAGGGAACACCUGCUGCUGGUGCUGUACCCUCCCCACAAGGUGGUGUUGUGGGACGCUAGGCACCACACCAAACUCUGGACCAAGACCUACACCCACACCCUCACCAGCCUCUGCCUCGACCCCUUCCAUGACAACAAGAUGGCCUUUCUGAGUGAGAACUGCGUGGUGUUCGUGGAUGACCUCCACCCAUCAAAAUGCCCGUCAUCCAAUGGCACCAAGUUUUACCUGGCCGCUGCUGGGGGAGGAGGGGAGACUCCUCAGGGCACGCCUCCCUCACUGGGUGCUGGCAACCGCACCAUCACCCGCCGCAUGAGGGAGCUCGUCGUGGGUGACAACAAAAACAGGACGGAGGAGGGAGGUUGUCUGCAGCUGGCCUACCACCAGGGUUGGGUGGACGGGUUGCUGCUGCUCUACCCCAGGGAGCUGCUGGUGCUCGACCUCCUCAUCCACGCCACCAUCGCCGUCAUCGCCCUCGACAGGAGCCCCGCGCCCUUUGUGCAGAUGUCUCCCUGCUGGCGGGGCGACGCGAUCUUCACGCUGCACGACAGCGGCGCUACCGCCCUCCAUGCCCGCCGCCCUCACGUCCCCACCACACACGGUGGCGCAGAGCUGGUGUACGACCGACGCUGCCAGUCUGAGGGGCUGCGUCUGAGCAAGAGCAACUCUGUGCUGGGAUUCUCCGUGGAGCCCGUCCUGCACAACAAGAUCGGAAUUCUUCUAUGCGACGGCCGAGUGGUGUUCGAAGAAGUGCUGCCCGUCCCCGUCCCCCCCGCCGACGACUCCUGCGAGGACCUCGUCUCUUUGUUAUAUCCCCACCCCGGGGGGCAGGAAGGGUCAUGUGGGGAUGAUGGUGGGGGACAAACUGAUCCUACUGAAUGGGAUUGCCUGGGAGGUCCUGCACCCGGUGAAGGAGGGAGGAGUAGCGGGUCUGUUCCCCAUAGGGGCCCAAGUGUCCUCAGGGAUGGGGGAUGUAGUAGCUCUAAUAGGUUAGAUGUAAAGAAUACGAAGAACGGUCAGUCUAUGGUCUUGGAUGAAGAACAUUUUUCAGCAAAGACCACAAAACAAGACCACGCAAGAGACUCUUCUUCUCCGUCCACUGUCCCUCCGUCCAUCGUCCCUCCAUCCACUGUGCCGCUGUCCAUGCCGGACUUGUCCAUUACCGACAAGUUGUCUUCCGAUGCCAAGUUGGGGGUGCUGAUGACGGGGGUGGUGCCCCCCCUGAGCUCGCCCCCCCACGUGGUGCGCAUGUGCCCUCCUCUCACCACCCGCAACCUGCACCGCUAUGCCCCCCGCCUCGCCGUGGGCACCACCGCGGGGGCCGUCCUGCUGGUGGACGUCGCCACGGGCCGCCUGCUGCGCCACAUGGACGUCCACACCUGCGCCGUCAGGGGGAUCGAAUGGACGUCACUGGACUCGGUGCUGUCGUUCGGCCACCAGCCGCUGACCAGCGCUCAAGGUCUGGUGCGCAACGAGCUCUUCCAUAUAGACUUCUGCGGCGGUCAUGCCACUCAGCUGCGCGCUGCUGCCACUCAGGAGAGCCCCAUAGUGGCUGUGCGAGUGUCAUACCUCAAGAGGAGGAGGAAGAGCCUUAAUGUGAGGAGUGACAGCCUGACAUCAGCUGUUGGCACUGACGUCAGAUUAUCUGACCCUACUGGUGCUGACGCGGUCAAUAGUCGAGGCGACAGUGCUGACACUGCUGUUGCUGACAGCACUGCUUCUGCAAGGACUAGUUCUGAUGCUGACAACAGCACUGCCACCAGCACAGCGCACCUGUCAGCCAUGAAGACCUCAGCGACAUUCCCGUCAGCGGCUGAUCUCAACACCAGCCUGCUGACCUCCUCUGCUUCAAUGGCUGACCUCAGUGGUGUAGAGCGCGUAGUGAAGGAGACGUUCAUGCUGAGUGACGUGGAGGGCUCCCUGUACCACCUGUCGGUGGAGGGCAACGUCAUCAAGGACGGCGUGCGGGUGCCUCCUGACGCCAGCCUCCAGCGGGUCACCAGCAUCGCCUGCAAGUCCCACCUCAUGGUCCUGGCUGACGCUGACUCCAACCUCAGCCUCUGGGACCUGAACAGCCGGUCGUCGGGCCACGUCAACACAGGUCGGGGGCCGGUGCGGCGCAUCAGGUUUGCCCCGGGGCGCGACAACCUCAAGCUCCUCGUCAUAUUCCACGACGGCGCCGACGUCUGGGACAUGAAGGACGUGGUCCGCAUAGGGCGGCUUAAGGAGGACGGAGGCCUUCGUGUGGUGGACGGUGACUGGGCGGCCUCUGACCGCCCUCUUCUGGCCACUGUGGACGGCUGCAUUAGGGUGAUGGACGCUGCACUGCAGCACUGCUGCACACCCUUGCUGCACUGCUGCACUGAAGAGCCCGUGGGGUCGCCGCACCUUCUGUCGGGAGAGGCAUCCCUGAACCUGCGGGCGCUGCUCACCCACCAGCCGUGGCGGGAGCGCUACUCCCUCAGCUUCACCCAGGAGGACGGCUUCAGCCAGCAACAGCUCAAGGUGGUGCGGCAGUGGCUGCGGAGGAUUCCUCCGGCGGUCCUCGAGUUCCUGGAGGCCUGCGACAGCGUUGGCCACCGCGCCCUCCUGACCGCUGUCCUCUUUGGGGACCGCUCCGAGCUGCGUUUCUGGUCCGUCGCUGUCCAUCAUCUCACCCUCAUGGCCACACAAGACUUGCGGCAAGCUGAUGGUGGUGAUGUGGUCGUGGAUGCCGAUGAUGGUGGCCGCAGCAGCGCUGACCUCAUCUCUUUUGCUGAGACUCAAAACAUCAGCAAUAACAGCAGCAACAGCAAUAACAGCAGCAAUAGCAACAGCUGUAGCAGUAAUUUCAGUCUUACCUCAGUUAAAACGGACAGCGAUGACUCAGCAGUACUUGUCACCAUAGAAGAUUCUGCUAAACAAGAUGGCGUCAUCAGACCAAAACCAUCUGGUGCCCCCGAAAUAAAGCAACAUAUUAGUGCCAGAAACUCGCAAGUCAACGGCGUUGCCAACUCCAAACAAGAUGACUCUUCUAACCUCAUACAAAACGGCGGCGGGCUCACAACACAAGAAGGCCCUAGAGGCGCCACAGAAGAGAACCCUAAGGGCGCUAGGACGCUGCGGCGCAUCGGCACCACCAACGUGAGGGGCGACCUGCGGCCCCUGGACACCGCGUACGACCUCUACUGUGACUCCGGCCACUACAAGGCGGUGCAAGAGGAGCGGCUGCUGCUGCAGGAGGGCAGAGGAGGCCCCCACAUGUCACGGUUGUGCCGCAACCUGACGGUGCUGGGCCAGCGAGACCGCGCCGUGCGCCUCCUGCUCGAUAUGGAGUACACCGAUCCUGGGUAUUACUGCAGUUGUCUGCGCGCGUGUCUGGUUGCGGCGACGGCGCAUUCAGCGCAGAGCAGCAGCACCAUCAAGCUGGUCGCGACCAACCUCAUCGCUGCCGGCAACGUGGAUGAGGGAGUGGAGCUGCUGUGCCUGGUGGGGAGGGGCGGGGAGGCCUGCCGCUACCUGCAGGCCUGUGGCCGCUGGACGGACAGCGUCUGGGUGGCCAGAUGCUCCCCUUGCAUGGCCAUCACUGAGGACGGGCCGCCGUCACUUGCUGCUGAUGCAGCGCUGUCCACGCCGUCCUCCGUGACUCCUAGUCACCUGUCCAUCCCUCCAGCGAGCUCUUCGUCCAUCACUGCGGCCGUCGGUUCGUCCGCUGUGUCCUCCGACCUCGUGUCCACGCCUGGGCGGUCACCGCAGGAGGACGUCAUUUCUGGGCGGCACAACCACCAGCAGCGGACAGUCAUUGAGAAGUGGGCGCGCCACCUGCACCGGUCGGGGGACAAGGAAGGAGCGGUGCUGGGGCUGCUGAGCGGGGGCUGCGUCUGGGAGGCUGUGGAAUAUUUGGCGUCUGAACACUACCACAGCCGUGCUGCACUACUGCUGCACGCUGCUGUGCAGACCGCUGCCCUGCCACCACAGCUGCUGCCCGACCACCGACGCAGCGACGGCGGGAGCGACGUCCCGCAGGAGAUGCUCACGCUCGCCGACAACAUCCACAGGAAGUACGCGCUCUACGUGUUCGGGCUCGGCAACAGACCCGCCGUGGCGUACAUGUGCCGCCAGAUGGGGGAGGAUGGGGACGCCAUCUUGUGCCACCUGCAGCCAUCUGCAUGAUGAUGGCGCCAUCUUGUGCCACCUGCAUGAUGGUGACGCCAUCUUGUGCCACCUGCAGCCAUCUGCAUGAUGAUGACGCCAUCUUGUGCCACCUGCAUGAUGGUGACGCCAUCUUGUGCCACCUGCAUUAUGAUAGCGUCGUCUGUAUGUUCUGUAGAUGCUGACUAUACAGUAUACAUGGCAAGCUCCGCCUCUAUAUUUAAGCUCUAUAAGAAGUCAAGAAGAGCCAUCACCAUCGGGUGAUGAUGCACUGCUGAGCCUGCGUUUGUGAUGAGUUUAACCCACGGCAGUUUAGACCCCGUCUGUGCUCAUGAGUUGAACCCAUUUCUGCUUGACUCCUUCUUUCUAUCACUCGUGUGCUACACUGCAUCUUAAUUUAUAUUCAAUAUAACAAAUCUUUUUUACUUGUACUGUAAAGGACGAACCUUUUCCCCCGUACCUGCAGACAAAUUAAUUGCCUUCGUCGUCUUGUGGAGACGUCUUUCAUCUUUCAACGCCCUUCUGAACUGAACGCCCUUCUUAACUAAACUGCCCUGCCUAUCGAACGCCCUUCCUUCCCAGCCUCCACAUCGUGCCCGUAUCACUCGCAGGAUGUGAAGGAAGUCUUCAGGUCCCCGCAGUCAAACACGCGAAUUAAACUUUUAACUGUUAUUGCCAGUCCCUCGAGUUUGUGUACAUGUUCCAAAGUUGUACAUAAGCUUCUGUUGGUAGACUUGUAGUAAUUGCUACUACGUGCAGUAGUACUGAGCACAAGCUAGUGCUCUGUGCUA